AUGAACUUUCUAAGGAAAUUCAUCGGUACAACCACGACUGAUGAAGUUGCUCUGAUUCGUUCUGGGAAAUUAUUUUUAACCAGAUCAAAUCAAUCACCCAAAGGUGCAAUUGAAUGUCUUUAUAAUGAUGCAUAUGCAUCAAUUAAACAAACGACAACUCCAUUUGUUUAUCAAUUGAUUAUUACUCGAGUAUAUCAAGAAGGCGAACUAGAUAAUCACAAUUCUGCCUAUGAUUAUGAUUCUGAUGACGAUGAUGAAUAUGAAGAUGAUGAUUCUUCAAACCCAACGACUACUUCACAAAUUGGUGGUGGGAGUCAUAGUAAGGAUGAAUGGAUUUUCCCGGUGACUGAAGAAUUGAAGAUAUAUAGCUAUGAUAAGAGUGAUGGAAGUAAAGCUAUAGCUUGGAAGGAUUUGAAUGGAGAUUUGGGGGAUAAAUUUGAAUUUGUAAUUGAUGAAGAAGUUAGAUUUAAUGAUAUUGAAUCAUUUAUGUUGUGUAUUUAUAAAUGUUUAUAUGAACAUAAAUAUAGAGUUAGCUCAUUGAGGGUGAAUACCAUGUCUGAAUUGAAAGAAUUUGUCUAUAACCCCAAAACUGAAUUAUUGACCUUUAAUGACUUGAAUUAUGACGAAGAAGAAGACGAAGAUGACGAGGAGGAAGAAGAAGAAGAAGAAGAGGAGGAAGAAGAUGAUGACGACGAUGAGGAAGACGACGACUCAGAUACGGAUGACGAAGAUAGCAAAGGAUCACCCUCGAGUGGAGACAACGCUUCCAAACCAAAUCAACCAAAGUUUCCUCGUGAUGAUACACAACCAGAUCCAAAGGGGGAGGUAAAAUACCAAUCCAAAGACUUUAAUCUUCACAUAUACAAUCCCGAAACUGGGACCUUUAUCCAAGAGCUUGAAUCUCCAAAUGUUGAAUUGAAGAUAAUCGACUUAGGUCAAUUUGAAUCCACAUUAUUUAUAAAGAGUCUUGAUCCAUCAAAUCCAAUUAGGAUCAAUGCUACCAUCAGUAGAAAUAUGAAUCCAACAUUCAAUUAUGAACAUUUAUCGUUUAUUUUCAACUAUUAUACAUUGGAUGAAACUACCGGAGAAGCACAUGCUUAUUCGUGGUUAGUCAAAUUCUCGGGAUUUAAUGAAUUGACUAUAUUUCAAAAUAAAUUUUUGGCUUCCAUGUAUGAAACUUUGAAUAAGCUGAAAUGGGGGAAGACUGCGGAACUGGAGUAUUUUGUCGAUUCUUUUUCAAAGCUUGAUCUUAAUAAAGCGGAUGAUCUUAGUGCACAAGACAAAAAAGAACUUGAACAGGAGGAAGAGGAAUCUGAAACGGAAGAAGAAGAAGAGGACGACGAAGAACCACUUAGCUCAAAGAUAAGAUCAAGCAAAUAUUUGAAAGAAGAGGAGGAACCAGAAUUUGAGAAUUGGAGAUCAUCCAAACAGGAAAAGAAUAGUGCAUUAUCAGUUGGUUAUGCAAAGGAUCGUUCAUAUGUUGUGAGAGGGAAUAAAUUGGGUGUCUUUGCUCCAGGCGAAAGAGGUUUAGAUUUCAAAACUAGUAUAACAAACAUAUCUGAUUUAAGAGGUAAACGAUUCGAUCCAGAAAAGUUGCUCUUACAUCAACAAGAUCAAUUUAUGAUCAUGUCGAAUUCUGGAUUCGAUGAUAAGACAUUAUAUAAAAUGGAUUUAAAUCGUGGUCAAGUGGUUGAAGAAUGGCAAGUUUCAGAUGAUGUACCAAUCGUAUCAUAUGCUCCAACUACCAAAUUUGCUCCAUUAACUACUGAACAAACAUUGACUGGUAUUUCCUCGAAUGGAAUGUUUGCUAUUGAUCCAAGAUUGUCAGGAACAAAGAUGGUUCAUGGAACUGCUAAAAAUUAUAAAACCACCAAUAAUGAUUUCCAGACUAUAGCAACAACUGCGAAUGGUUAUAUGGCUGUAGGUAGUGGGAAAGGUGAUAUUAGAUUAUUUAAUAAACUUGGUGCAAAUGCCAAAACUGCAUUACCUUCACUUGGAGAUGGUAUUAUUGGAAUGGAUGCUUCAAGUGAUGGUAGAUGGCUUUUGGCAACUUGUUCAAAUUAUUUAUUAUUAAUUGAUACUAAGAUUGGCAGAGGUCAGAAAAACGAAGGAGAGAUUGGAUUUACUCAUUAUUUCGAUAAGGAUCAGAAACCAACUCCAAGAAGAUUGGCAUUAAAACCUGAACAUGUAGCUUAUAUGACAAGGGAAAAUCACGGCAAGCCAUUAACUGCUUUUACUCAAGCAUAUUUCAAUACUGGGGUAGAUUCUAAAGAAACCACAAUUGUAACAUCUACUGGUAAUUAUAUAAUCACAUGGUCAAUGAAGAAAGUGUUAUUAAACCAACCAGAUCCAUAUCUUAUUAGAAGAUAUCAACAAAAUAUCAUUGCUGAUAAUUUCAAAUUUGGAUCUAAUGAUCAAGUUAUAUUGGCAAUGCAAAAUGAUGUUUCAAUGGUUAAUAAGAGAAAUUUAUCUACACCUAAGAAAGUAUUUAGUAAUUAUUAG